AUGUCCUGUACGGACAAGACGGGCCCGCCACCGCGAUCGCUGCAAGGUGUCGAGGAUGCGGCCUGGGAUACGAUCGCCAGGCGAUUCCCGAACGCGGCGCCGCUCCUCUGCGAGAUGGAGACGGUGAUUGAACGCGCGGAGGACCUGCUGCAGCAGUUGAGAGCGGCGCCCUGCGCUCAAGAAGUCGACACGUCCAGCUCGUUUCACACCCCGGAUUCGCGGGAAUCCAACACGACGAUCUCGAUGGUCUCCGACAUAGAAUCGUUCGCCGAGGAAACUAACGUUCCAGAACGAACCGUCGAAAACACGGAGGAGGUUGCGAUGUACGAUGUUCAUGAGGAAUCUCGACGUGGCGGAGCCGUUCGACGCGAGAAUCGCGAGGUGGAAGAAUAUCCCAGCGUAGGAUAUCAUUUGAAUUCACCGCUCGAUGAAGUCGUUCAACACUUCAAAACGAGUUCGACUAAGUGUCGCAGCUCCCAAGGGGAAUCAGAGCCGAAUGUAACGGAUAGCGGCGACAAACGUAUCGACGUUAGUUCCGAGGAAAUAAUGAGAAUGAGAAAGAACGCUUUAAUAACGUCCGAAUGUAAUUCAUUAGGGCUGGCGGAGAUGAUGACAGAGAAUAAUAGCUUAGAAGGAUGGACAAAAGCAGUUAACGAUGCGUUACAGGAGUUGCGCGACGACACGGAAAACAUCGACGCAUCCGGUGACAACAAAUCGGAAGUUCGACCAAACGUGGACAGAAAUGCGCACGGCUGUCCGUUGGUAACUGACGGUGACAGCGGACGUGAGAAGACCGCUCGAGAAUCUCACGGAUCUAACGAUGUAAAAGUUAUAACAAGCAAUUUGCAGGACAACGUCGCGGAAAGUUCCACGAUAAUCGCGAGUCGUCGCUCGCCGCUUGCCGUUCUCGAGGAAUACACCAAGCGGUGCAAUGUGUCAAUCAAAUACGAGCACAAGCCGAAGUCGAAUCUGUAUGUGAUCAACGGUGACCUCUGCGGAUUUAACGAUCAUCGCGUUUCUUCGUACGCUGUUAAACGUAGUUUGGAUAAUGUGCCAGCAACGUCUUGCGAAGCGACCGAAGAUCUAGCCAAGAACGAAUUGGCAGCUAAAAUAUUGUGGAUGGUCGCCGAGUGUCAGAUGGAUAGCCCAAAACUCCUGUUGUCUUCCUGCGGAUUAUCGAAUCUUUCGCGAGACGAAAUGUUGGAAAUAAUGGCGUUUAAUCGGAGCAACCUGAAGAACGCGUCGCAGAAGAUCUACAAGUUCUGCCUCGAGAGAGGAGAACCCGUUCCGGAAUACUCGAUUCGCAAUUCGAGGACGAAUCAAGGAUUCGUGUACAUGGCUGAAUGCGUGGCUUUGGGUUACGUUGGAGUCGGGCAAGGCUUGAGGAAAGACCGCGCUAAGAUGGUAGCCGCUGAAAAUUUAUAUCAAAAAUACACUUGCGAGGCGGGACGGCGAACGACAUGA